AUGAACACCACCCCCUCUCUUUGCACCGUCCCCGGAGCCUCGAUGAAUCAUAACUCCAUCCCUUUCUACAUAUAUGACGAAAUCGAUCUCGCGCCAGGCGGAUGGAAUGCCUGUCCUUGCCUUCGAGAUCUCCUGGAAGAGGUCGUUUUGCUUUUUCAGCACCAUCUGGUGAUUCGGACCAUCUUCCAACGUCUAUGCUCAGGCAACGAUACUGAAAGAGUCUCAGCUAAUUCACCAAUUCCUAUCCUCGACGUCUUCUGCUCUAAGAGAGGUCCGAUGUCUAUCGUUCUGGUUCCUCCUCGGAAGCGGGACUCGUCUAUCCCAAUCCUCGCGUGUCCUGCUCACAGGAGAAUAUUUUUGAACCGCGAUUUGGUCGAAGCGUUGGAGUUUCUAUCUGCACGCAGUAGGACUCGAAAAAGAGCCUGCGAGUCCCAUAUGUGGUCUCAUCCCUCGACGGGACGCCAAUCUUAUGCUCGACAGUUCGAGACGACGCUUUGGGGAGGAUCUCUGAGCUUGUGGACCCGUGCUCCUAGUGAAGACAGAGUCAAGUGCUAUCUAGAGACUAACACAGAUCGCUGGACAUUUGCUGAGAUCGUGGCACUGGAGUAUACACCCUCGGGGUCAUCAAGAUGGGAGCGUCUAAGCCCCGACGCUACAUCAUACCGGCUGCCUGUGGGGAUAUUGUACUGGCCGCCGCAGGCAAUCCGGUUGCAUGAUGAACAUAGAGGCCCUUCCACCUUGGCCCGCUAUGAUAACGCCUCUCUGCUCAAUGUCACAAAAGAGAAGGACGCUCAUGGAUUAUCAGUCCUUACUAUCGCUGAUUGA